UUCCCUCUGUGUACUUCUCUUUGUUUCUCAUUAAACUUGCAACUGUGUAACUGACAGCAGCAGGUCAUCAUCAGGACUAGUACCAACCCAGGAUUAAUGUAAUCGGGGGCCUGAAGCUGGACAUGCCCUGAACCAUCCUGAAACACACCACAUGUUAUCUGUCCAUCUCCUUUCUUUCGGUUGGUGAUCUAUCUCUUCCUGCCAGGAUGUUGGGCAUUCUCUUGCUAACAUUUUUACUGUGUGAUGCAGGCAGUACAUGUCCCACUGAGCUAAACCCUCUUUCUCUGGAGCCUCCUGAGAUUAUAGAAGAAUAUGGAGCGUCAGUCAUUGUCAACUGCACCAGCACAGAAGAGUUUCAUGAUGGGAUGAAGUGGAAAGGUGACAGUGACAUGGAGGAGGACGAAUUUUUCAUCUCCAAGGAGCUGUUUAUGAAAGACUGGAAUAUGGAGGCCCAGUGCCAAAUUAUACUGAAUAAAAGUCUUACAUGCAGCAAAGACCUCAAAAUCACUAUUUACAAGAAUCCAGAGGACGUUCAGGUGUUUCCUGCAAGCUCCUCUGCAGUGGAAGGGACGCAAUAUGUUCUGCAGUGUGAUAUCAUCAAUGUUGCCCCGGUUCAAAACCUCACUGUGAGGUGGUACAAAGACGAUAACAUCAUCAAGACAGACUCUUUCACCAACACAACCAAAACACCAGUAAGUGAGUCUUCUGUUCUGACUGUCAACAUCAGCAGAGGAGACAGUGGAGCUCAGUUUAGAUGUGAGGCUCAACUGGACGUAGGGCCAAAUGGACCACAAACUCCUGUUUCAUCUAACUACAGUCCUACUGUGUCCUAUGCUCCUGAGUUCAAGGACAAAACUGAUAUUGUUGACAUCUAUGUGGAAGAGGGGGAUAAUGUCACCCUGAACUGUGAAGCAGACGGGAACCCAUCUCCUCGCUUUCGUUGGACCAAUGAUGGGGUUGAUAUCUCGGAGAACACCAACAAUCUCUAUAUUAAUCAAGUGAACACCAACACAACUUACACCUGCACUGCUUCCAAUCAUGUGGGUAACAUGACUAAGCAAAUCCAUGUUCAUGUGGUGAAAACUACCAUGGCCACGACCACCCCAAAGCCAUCAGAUCCAAAAAUGGUAGACUGCCCACUAACAAUGAUGCCUGCUGAAAUCGUGGUGAAAUUUGGAGAUCCAGUUUCAAUCAACUGCAGCACAUCAGCCACAGAUUUUGAGUUACUUGGCUGGGAGGCUACAAUUGGAGGCAAAACAUCUGAAAUGUCUUCUCUGACCUGGGAGGUUGACAAGCUAGAAGCCUGGCACACUGAACCCAAGUGUUUUAUUACAAUAGAUCCAUCCCAGUGUUAUGUGAUACCAAAUAUCACUGUUUAUAAGACUCCAGACAAAGUGUCAGUCUCUGCCUUGGGUUAUCGUCCGAUGGUGGAGGGUACAGAGCACCAGCUGACAUGUGAAAUCAUCAAUGUAGCGCCUGUAAGAUACCUCACAGUGAAAUGGUACCAAGACAAUGAAGUUGUGCAGACACAAACGUUUAAUGACACCAGUUUGACCCCAGUGAAUGAGUACUCUACUUUGAACGUCACUCCUAAGAGUAAUUACAAUGGAGCACAUUACAAAUGCGUAACUGAGCUGCACCUAGGACCAAAUGGAUCAGAGACCUUCUCCACUGAAUCUGCACCUUACAUUGCUGAUGUGCAUUAUAAGCCACAUAUCCAAAGUUGGACACGGAAUUACGCUAAUGUGGAGCAUAAUAUCAGUAUGGAUAUGGUGCCCUGUCAUGUUGAUGGAAACCCUCAACCCACUGUUCAAUGGUACAAUAAGGGAAACCUGAUCAAUGGGUUUGAGCCUCUCACCAGGACUCAAUCAGGAGAGUACACAGCUGUAUUCGAAAAUAGUGUUGGCAACAUCAGCACUAUUGUUGAUAUCACAGUUGAAUAUAGUCCUUCUUUUACCUGUGAUGAUCGCUAUGAUGUUGAAGAGAAUGGUAAGCCCCAAACUACGUGUGAACCAGAGGGAAUACCUGCGCCCAUUGUCACCUGGUUUAAAGAUGGACAGGAGGAGCCUCUCCCGCAGCACUGGACAAGGAAAUAUAGUGGAGAAUACUUACUUAGGGCAACCAACAAGCAUGGACAGGCCAACCAUACACUGGAUCUCAAUGUUUUGUAUGCACCUGAGUUUACCCUUGGAAAUGACUCUAUGGUGGUGACCCUGGGUGAAAAUGUGACUUUUAACUGCAGUGCUAAGGGCAACCCUGAGAUAACGAUUGUGUGGAAGUACAAAUCUGCAGAGAAUGUGAAAGAGACCACUAGGGGGAGCACGAAGGUCGUCAACAUCACAGGAGCCACGUCUACCAAUGCUGGUGUUUACUUGUGUUCUGCCAAGAAUAAAAUUGGGACGGUUACAAGAUCUGUCACAGUCACAGUCACACUGACAGUGAAUGAGCUCCCUUUGUACCUACCUUUGUGGGUACCUAUUGUAUUGGGCAUCAUCAUCAUCUCCCUCAUCAUCCUCUACUUCAUGGCGAGAAAGAAAAAACAUGGACAAUAUGCUUUUGUCCCUGACAAAGAAAAUGAAAGAUCAGAAAUCCCCAUGAAUCCAGUGUCUAAUGGGAAGACUAAUGGCAUAAAGGUUUAGGAUAUUUAUUACUUGUGGAAUAAGUAAAAUCAAAUCAACUCUGGGGACUGAAAUCGUAUUGAGGUAUGCCUUUUAUCUUUCAGGGGACCAAACUGUAAAUAUUGCUUAAUUUUGCAUUCUUUUUAGUUCUUUAACAAUUAAAAAAAAACUAAAAACAAAGAGUUUCCUAGAAGUUGUCUGAUUAUUAUAAUGCUCGAUUAUUAUUAUUAUGUUUUAGCUGUGUAAACUUUUUUUAAAAACUCUUAACAAAAUUACACAAUAGCCUCGGUGUUAAUGUAUUGUGUUUUAUUUGGAUGUAUAUAAGAAAUGUACAUAAAUAAUUUCAGAUCGACAAUAAAAAAAAAAUCA